AUGGGCAAGAAGAGGCUCUCAAGGCGCUGUUUCCCUCCACAGGCGAUCACGGCAGCGUAUGCGGCGGUGGCGGCAGUGGUGGUGCUGUUUGAAGUGGCCACGUGGGCCGUGGGGCAGUUUCUGGGGCUGGGAUCGUCUCUUACCAGGGCUGGGACGUGUUUAGGUCUUACCGGGGCUGGGAUCGUCUCUUUCUUCACAUCCCUUGUGCUACUGAUCGAGUCCAUUCAGGCAGCAGGCACUGCAUUCAACGAGCUGAAGCAGGGCCAGCCAGCCAUUGAACGCGUGCUCGCCCUCACACGCUUGAACCCACCGCAUUCCACUGCUUCCCACUCCUCCUCCUCCUCCUCCUCCUCCUCCUCCUCCUCCUCCUCCUCCUCCUCCUCCUCCUCCUCCUCCUCCUCCUCCUCCUCCUCCUCCUCCUCCUCCUCCUCCUCCUCCUCCUCCUCCCCCUCCCCCUCCUCCUCCUCCCCCUCCCCCACCCUUCAAGAAGUGGAAAAAGACAUUGGAAGGCUAGAGGGAGACAUUGAGUUCCAAGGGGUGUGUUUUGACUAUGGCUUACCGAUGCGGGGCGAGACGGUGGCUGUAGUGGGCCCGUCUGGAGGGGGCAAAAGCUCCCUGCUCAAGCUUCUCUUGAAGCUCUAUCGUCCCUCUGCAGGUCAGGCCACAUGGGCAGGUGAGGUUCUUUUUUCGGGCACGGUGGCGCAAAACAUUGCAUACGGGCAUCUGGAAUACCUCUCUUUGGAAUCUUCCAACCUGCCCGGAAAGGCAACAAAUUUGGCAAUGGUGGAGCGAGCUGCCCGCCUUGCCAACGCACAUGAAUUCAUUUCUGCUCUGCCCGAAGGCUACUUCACCCAGCUGGGCCCGCGAGGGGCGUCUCUCAGUGGCGGGCAGAGGCAGAGGCUGGCCAUCGCCCGAGCCAUCUUCAACGACCCUGCCAUCCUCGUGCUGGAUGAAGCCACGUCAGCACUGGACAGCCAAUCAGAGGCUCUCGUUCGCGACGCUCUGCGCCGCCUCAUGGUCGGCCGAACGGUGCGUGUGUGUAGGAGGAGUGGGUGGAGGGGUGGAGGGAAGGGUGGAGGGAGGGGUGGAGGGAGGGGUGGAGGGAGGGUUGGGGUUGAAAAGACGGUGGGAGAUGGGGGAAGUCAAUGUUCUGUGUCGCCUCAUGGUCGGUUGAACGGUGCGCGUGUGGUGGAGAAAGGGGGGAGGGGAAAGGGAAGGGGUGGAUGGGGGGAGUCAACACUCUGUGUUGCCCCAUGGUUGGCCGAACGGUGCAUGUGUGGAGGAGUGGGUUGGGGGAGAGGAGCUGAGGAGAGGCGAGGGGUGUGGGAGGAGAUGUUGUGUUGGAGAGUUGGGGAGCGGGACUGGGACUGGCGCAGGCUGACUCCUUCAGUCUCCCCAUCAUUCUCCAACUCAUUCUCCAACUUCUUCCUCAUCCCCCCUUCAUUUCUCCCCUCAUCAGGUGGUUCUGGUGGCACACCGGCCUGCAGCCAUCGCUGA